CUCACGAAGCGGGACGCGCGCAAACCGGGGACGCGCCUUCGUAGCGCUGUGUUGGUUAGGUGCUCCUGGCCUGGAUGGAGGAGGUGAACCGGCUGUGUGUGCGCAUCCUGGUGCAUCAGGAGGAUGUGAAAGAGAACCCAGUGAGUGCACGGAAGAGACAGGACAGCCUCCGGGAGUCAGCACAAUCACCUGUCAUGUGUUUGUUGGGUACCAUGGCAACACUGAGUGAGGCGAUAUCCCAGCUCCCCCUUCUGCCAAGGCCUGGUCACCCCAUGCAGAUCAGAAGCGCUGAUGGAAAAAUCCAGCCUGAGUCUACAGCUGAUGAUGAAAAGACAGAGAAGCCCCGCAGUCUUCCCUGGUCCACCUCACACAAGAGUAGAGUGGCCACUGAAAAGAGAGGAGAGAGGAUGAAGAUGGUGGAGCUUUACCAGUGUCCUGUAUUCACUGACAUUCCUGUUCCUCUGCCUCAUGAUACUGCAUACGCCACCAUCGUCACACAUGUUGUACAAGCACAGCGCCACCUAGUGCACAAGCCCAGCUUGAAGGCCUCUUUCCAGACCAUUCUCUCCUCAUCCACCGUGGAGCACUUUGUCAUCGAUUCAUUCUGGUGGUUCUUCCUUUAUAACUUUCAGCCCGACAGGAAAACUCAGGAUCGUCUGUUUUGCCGGAUUGCUGAGAAUUACAUCAGUAUUCUGACCCAAAACCUCUCCACUCGCAGUGGCACCACAUUCCUCCGGUACUUCUCCAGCACACUGAGUCAGACACUCUACUGCUGCUUCUGCUGCUCCUUCCCUCAGUCCUGCAGCUUCCGCAACCAGGCCUUCCUCACUGCUCUGUGCUCCACCGCCUACCAGUGGACAGGAGGGAUCUGUCCUGCUCCUGAAGUCUAUAAGACGUGGGACUUUGAAGCUCUGGAGCCAGACGAGGCCACUGGCGUCUCCGAGAGUGAGAAAAGGCAGAAGGAGAGUGGCUCCACACUGACUCUGUCUGAGAGUAUGUUCUCCAGCACCUCUUUAUUUAACCCCCCCAUCCACAAUCAACAUGGCAGUCUCACAGGCCCGAAGAAAUCGAGGCGUGGUAGUGAUGCGAAUGAGGCCAGUAUCAUCUGCUCCAGGAACAACAUGGCCAUUACAAGCCACAAAAGCAUUAGUGAGGAUGACGUCAUAGGCACUGACCUAAAAGCUCUUACUGACCACGUCAACUACACAUCACUAAGAGAGUCCCAUGCAGUGUAUAAGUGUGUGGAGCUGAGGCAGUGUGUGUUUAAUGUGUGGGGGAAUUCUCCUCUGGUUCAGCACUACAUGACCACACUCAACCUGAAGCAGACCGUAGGCCAUGACCUUCUAGUGAGGAGAUCUCAGAUCCAGAAACUGCCUCCUGCAGACUCGCUGACGUACCGUGACGUUUUAAAGCAGACUCUGCAGCGUUCCUCCAGCCGGAGGAGGGCGCUGGGCUCUCUGUGGACACAGCAUGCACAGGAACUAGCCAGCCUGCAGCAGAAACACCUGGAAGAACAAAUUCAGCUUCUCAGAAGACACAAGAAAAUCAUGUCUCAGAAAAAUGUGGUGCACAAACUCUGCCAGCUGCUAGUGCCGCCAGCCAAGGGUGAAGAGGACAACAAAACUCGCUCUGAACAGCUGCUUGCAUUUGAGAUGACGUUGGAAUAAAUACUGCUUGGACUCACACGCGUACACACAUUCACACCACAACACGCAGUUUACAUACAGUGUCUACCUUUUGUAACACAAUCAGAGCAUUAAAACCAGAAUGAAC